UACAAUAGCAUAGAUGCAUAUCCAUCCAGAACUACAAAUGGAAGUGCCUCUCGUUCUGUGUCUCUGGAUUUUGUUAGUACUUGGUGGAGGAUGUUUAGGGUGCUUGAAAGAAGAGAAAACUGCCCUUGUGCAGAUCAAAGCUUCCUGGAAUGAUCAUUCAUAUGCCAUUCGUUCUCGUUGGGGUGGGGAGGAUGACUGUUGCCUUUGGACAGAAGUCACGUGUGACGAACACACAGGUCGAGUGAUUGAAAUGGAUCUCAGCGGCUUAUUGGAUGAGAAGGCCAUAUUGAAUGCCACGCUUUUCCUUCCCUUUGAGGAACUUCGAAGUUUAAACUUUGGCAACAACCAUUUUUUAGAUUUCCAAGGCACACUCAAAUUGAGCAAGUUGCAACAUUUGGUUCUUGAUGGCAACUCCUUCACAAGAAUCCCAUCCCUCCAAGGGUUAAGCAAAUUGGAGGAGCUGAGUCUACGGGAUAAUUUGCUUACGGGUAAUAUUCCCCAAACUAUUGGGGUUCUGACCCCUCUUAAGAUCUUAAAUCUUGGCAACAACAAUUUAAAUGGCUCCCUACCACCCGAAGUAUUGUGCAAACUACGAAACCUUGAAGAGUUGGAUCUCAGCAAUAAUAGAUUUGAGGGAAAUCUUCCUCCAUGUCUUGGCAAUUUGACAUCCCUCCAUUAUCUUGACCUAUUCAGUAAUGAUUUCAAGGGAGAAAUACCUGCAUCUCUUUUCUCAAAUCUGAAUUUGCUUAAGUUUAUUUCUCUUUCUUACAAUUAUUUUGAGGGCUCCUCAUUUACUCCACUCCUGAACAACUCCCAACUUGUGGUGUUCGAUCUUGUUAACUAUAACAAAACUUUGAAGGUUGAGAUAGAAAAUCCAACAUGGUUUCCCCCAUUUCAUUUGGAAGUCUUCCGGUUAUCUAACUGCUCUCUCAGCACACCAACCAAGGCUGUACCCAGCUUUCUUCUAAAUCAGCAUGAAUUGCAGAUGCUCGAUCUCAGCCACAGCGGCAUGACUGGAAAGGUCCCUACCUGGUUAUUGGUGAAUAAUACAGCUCUAGAAUUCCUAAGUAUUGGGAGCAACAUCUUGACGGGUCCUCUUGAUUUGCAAUCUAACUCGACCAAUCUCAACUUGGUUUUAUUUGAUAUCUCCUCCAAUCUCAUCCACGGAGAGGUUCCACCUUACAUCGGUUCUGUCCUUCCGAAUUUGCAUGUCUUAAACAUGUCUGGAAAUGCAUUGCAGGGUUACAUUCCUCCCUCAGUGGACAAAAUGGAAGAGUUAAGAUCAUUAGACUUGUCCUUCAACAAUUUCUCAGGACCCUUGCCCAGGAGCUUGUUCAUGGGUUCUUCCUACUUGCGUGUUCUGAUACUAUCCAACAAUAACUUGCAUGGAAAUAUUCCAAAAGAAUCGAAGUUGACAGGGCUAGGCUAUCUAUUUUUGGAGAACAAUAAUCUCUCAGGAGAGAUCUCAGAGGGACUUUUGGAAAGUUCCUCCCUAGAAUUGUUGGAUAUCAGCAACAACUCGUUUUCUGGUGUUAUUCCUGAUUGGAUUGGCAACUUCUCAUUGUUAACUUCACUUGUCUUGUCAAGAAAUUCUUUGGAAGGUGAAAUCCCAACAGGCUUCUGCAAACUCAAUAAACUCCUCUUUUUAGACCUCUCAGAGAACAAAAUUGGUCCAGCAUCCAUACCUCCUUGUGCCAAUCUGUCAACCAUGAAGUACUUACAUUUGCACAGCAACGAAUUAACAGCAUUGAUACCAUAUGUUCUUUCAGAAGCUCGCUCCCUCAUAACACUGGACUUGAGGGACAACAAACUAUCAGGCACAAUCCCUCCUUGGAUUAGUUCACUUUCGAAUUUGAGGGUUCUUCUGUUGAAAGGAAAUCGAUUUCAAGAUUCAAUUCCUGCUCAUCUGUGCCAACUCAAAAAAAUCAGGAUAAUGGAUCUUUCUCACAAUAAUCUCUCUGGGUCAAUUCCUUCUUGCUUCAACCAGAUUAUCACAUUUGGGAGGAAAGGAGCACGGGAGGACAAAUUUGGAAACGUUGAUUAUGUGUGGGCAGCAAAUCUUUCCUUAUCAACAUACUCAUAUGAGGAAGAACUCUCUCGUUUCCGUUUCCUUUUUGGGGUCGGUGAUGCUGAGUCUGAUGAGGGUGAUGUGGUGGAAUUCAUAUCAAAAAGUAGGUCUGAGUCUUAUGCCGGAAGCAUUCUGCACUUCAUGUCUGGAAUGGAUCUUUCAGAUAACAAAUUGACAGGUCCUAUUCCUCGUGAAAUGGGAUAUCUAAGUGGGAUACACACAAUAAAUUUGUCGCACAAUCAUUUCAGUGGACCCAUCCCAGAAACAUUCUCCAACCUAAAGGAAGUAGAAAGCUUGGAUAUAUCCUACAAUGAGUUGACAGGUCAAAUUCCUCCACAGUUGAUAGAGCUCAACAACUUGGCAGUCUUCUCUGUUGCUCACAACAAUUUAUCAGGGAAGACUCCAGAGAUGAAGUUUCAGUUUAUGACAUUUGACCAAAGUAGUUAUGAGGGAAACCCUCUUCUCUGUGGACUGCCACUAGAGCGAAGUUGUACUCCAACUGGACCCCCACCAGCAACACCGCCAACUUCAGAGAAAGAAGAAAUUGGCUUAUGGAAAGCCAUAUUUUUAUGGAGUUUUGUAGGAUCAUAUGGAGUCGCAUUCUUAGGCAUAGCAGCGUUUCUUUACUUAAGCUCCUACUACAGGGAGCUGCUCUUUGAUUUCAUUGAAGCACAUGUCUCUUUUCUUCGGCUGAGGACUUGGUAAUCAAGCUAAACUCAAUAUCUGAAUAAAUGAUUUUAUGUUUGUUG